AUGCAGUCUACUAUCUCUAAGGCUCUUACCCUUCUGUCCGUCAUCUCAAUGGUCACGGCAACCGACUAUCAGACUAUCACCGUUAAUACCUAUUAUUUCGCCAACUGCUCCAGCGGCGAGAUUUCAGUUAACGACCAAGUGUACGAGGGCGAAUGUACCGGCACCGACACUUGGCCACUGAAAUCGAUUCUAGCCUACCAGUCCAGUGGCUUAUGCAGUGAUACUUCCACCUCGCCUGUCCUAUAUGUAUAUUCGGAGACAUUCUGUGCAGGCGAUCCGGUUGCCUCCUUUGAUGUGACGGAUGAGGAAACGUGUUUUGAACUAGAUGAUACGGUCCAGGGGUUGAUGGUGGAGUGUGUCUAG